AUGGCUCUACCUCCGCAACUAUUUCGCGCUCUCGAAACGCUCAAAGAUCAGGCCAAGGAUGCACUUUGGGCCGUGUCGUCGUGUUUGUGCCAGCAGCAACCGAAACUCAAGAUCAACGGACGGACAUUCCAAAUAAUCAAGGUGCUAGGGGAAGGAGGCUUCUCCUUUGUGUAUCUAGCUCAGGAUGAACACAGUGGGCGACAAUUCGCGCUCAAGAAGAUUCGUUGCCCAACUGGCUCUGAAGGGGUGAAAGAAGCGAUGCGAGAAGUUGAAGCUUAUCGUAGAUUCAAGCACCCCAACAUCAUCCGCAUUCUGGACUCCGCAGUAGUCCAGGAUCCCGAGGGCGAGGGACAGAUCGUGUAUCUCUUCCUACCGUUGUACAAGCGUGGCAACCUCCAAGACGCCAUAAACGCCAACUUGGUGAACAAUCGACACUUCUCCGAACAAGACAUGCUCCGCCUGUUCCGUGGAACAUGUCUCGCAGUACGGGCCAUGCACGAAUACCGACCAACGUCCGCUCGUUCCGCUAUCCGCACCGAUCCUCAGCGGUCGAAUUCCACUAAUUCUGGGCCUGCUGACGACGACGAUGAUACGCGCUUCCCUCGGCCAGAAGGUGACGCAGAGGGAGGCUACUCCUAUGAUACACCAUCUGUUCCUCUCAUGGGCAAACAACGAGAACUGGUGCAGAAUGACGUCGUAUUCGACGGCGACGAGGAGUCCGAAUUGCCGCAACCACAAGAGGGUACCCCGCUGGACGUGGUCCCCUACGCACAUCGGGAUCUGAAACCUGGAAAUAUCAUGAUUGCAGAUGACGGAAAAACACCUAUUCUCAUGGACUUUGGAAGUACAAUGAAAGCCAAAAUACCCAUAGAAAACCGGCAACAGGCCUUGCUGCAACAGGACAUCGCCGCUGAGCAAAGCACGAUGGCCUACCGCGCACCGGAACUUUUCGACGUCAAAACAGGCAUUACCCUUGACGAAAAGGUCGACAUCUGGUCUCUUGGGUGCACGCUAUACGCAUUGGCUUACUCUCAUUCGCCGUUCGAAAACACCCAGACGACGGAACAGGGCGGCUCGAUUGCGAUGGCAGUGCUAAACGCGCAGUACAAGCACCCGCAAUCGGCUUAUUCGCAGGGGCUGCGGAGCCUCAUCGAUGCCAUGUUGAAGCCAAAUCCUCAAGAACGACCGGAUAUCAAUCAGGUUAUUGAAUUGACGGAUCGAGUUCUUCAAUCGUUAGCGUAA